AUCAGAUCACAUGUGAUUUUUUAAACUGUUAUUGCCCAGUGACGUAACCUACGUACAUGAUAAAGUUAUCGCGCGCAGUACCGGCGUACAUAUUUCUCUUUGAGUUGCAAAGACAGGAUGAAAAUAAAAUUGCAGAAACCGAUGAAAUACAAAAAUAUCUAAAUUCUUAUAGAGAAAAACGGAUUGAUACACACUCGCUGUACAUUAUAAUUCAAAGAGUCGUACAAAUUUGAUCAUAGUCUAAAAAUUCUAUCGAUAAUGGACGAAUUGAAUGCAUUUUAUAAGAAAGUUCAAACAUACCUGAUGAAGAAGAAUCAGGAAUGCGGAGAAUUGCAGUUUCUCACUUUACGCGCAACAGAUGAAAGCAUUAGUCACAUAAACGAUGUGUGCGAGUCAAUGUUGAACCUAUUUCAAACUUUCGACAUACCUAUAAAAGAAAAGAUUAUGUCUAACGACGAGAAGUGUGCGUUGUCUUAUACAUAUUUAUUAUUAAAUACCAGGUUCAAGAACCAAGAACGCUUAGGAGAAGAUAUUGUCAGUGGCCAUUUAGUCGAUAUGUGCCCACCUUUGUCUCCAUAUUUAUUUAUACAAAUAUUAUGGAACCUCGAAUAUGAAAAAAUCUUAAUUCAGUCUCUUUUGUAUAUGCCCCUUGAUCUGUUCACAGAAGUACUGGAUGUAGUUACAAAGUGUAUAGAAGAACUGCCUUACCCAAGAUCGUUGAAUAGCAUAUGUUGUAUAAUAUCGAUCGCUUAUACUAAAUUUAUCACUUUAAACGAAGUUGGUGUACAGUCUUGGAAUGUUGAGGAAAGUAUAGAAAAUUUUCUAAUUAACUUUCAAGAAUUUGUGUUACUGUUAACAAAUCCAAAGGUUAUUCCACCAUCUACAUCACCGAAUUUGAAGAAAAACGAACGUUACGGCGUGAUGUUGAAAAAGUUAGUUUCUACGAUAAGAAAUUGCUUGGAACGGAAACCCGAAGAAGUCUUCGUGUCCCGGGAUCUUAAGAAAUUCUAUAAUAUAACAUUUGGAAAAGAACCGUAUAGAAAAUGCGAAGAGACUCGUUUGGAAAAUGCCAUAACGGCAUUGACCGAUCAACUGAUAGAUUUAUUAUUAACUAAAGUUAAGGAAGUCAAUUGUAAUAUUUACAUGAACUGGGUACAAAUAGACGACGAAGAAAACAGUAUGAUUACUUUGCAACGUUCUAUCGGAAUCGAAUGUUAUUACUUUGUAGAAUGUAUAAAGAAUAACGAGAGAUUGUCACAGAAUACUCAUUUAAUAGAAUGUUUGCAGCAUUUAUCGUCGAAACCAGAUCCUAAGGAAUCGAGUUUCGUUUUAAGUUUAGAAGAAGUUUGUUGUGCCAUAUCGAACGGUAAAAAAGAGCUGAUGAAAGAAUUGUUAUGUCGACACAAAGAAUGGGAUAGGUCGAUGCUCGAUUUUGUCCAUAAAAACAAACAUUUACUACAAAAGGAAGACUGUUUGAAUCUGUUGGAACAUUUAACUUUUGUUCUGGAACAGUCGCAAGAAGAAGACUUUAAUAAUUACAGUUACACCGUAGUUAUGCAAAUAUUGUCGUCUCAGAGUCUGCCGAAUAUUUACGACAUUGUAAUUAUAUAUCUGACGAGACACGAUGGAAAAAGUCAUUUGGAAUCUCCGCACACGGAAGAAGCAUUCGACGAGUUCAUCACACGAAACUCGAAUUUACUGACAAUAACAAAUUUGAAGAUGGUUUUGUUGUUUCUGUUGCAGAAUCUUCGAUUAACAUUGACGACACUUUUAAAAAUAACUAUAGGCCAUCCACAGUACAAAAAUAUAUUAAUCUCUGCGAAUGACAUGCUCCUGCUGUCUCCGUUUAUGCAAAUUAGCGAAGAGAACAAUCAAGUACUUUUAACCAGUAUCUUGAGAACGAUCUGUCUAGAGAAUGCAGAAUGGAAUCAAAAGAAAUUGAUGAAUUUCAUAAAAGUUCUAUUGGUCCGUUCUAUAAUCGAGGUAGACGAUUUAAUGAACAAUGUUUUCAUACCAUAUUUAGAAGAAGAGACGUUCAGUGCACCGAACGUGAUCGCUGUUCUGUACAAUAUUCGUAAAUUACAAACCAAGUGUACCAAAGAGACAAACUUGAAAAGCCUGACAAUAGCCCUCGCUAAGAAAAUGUCUUUCUUGAGGAAGAAUAGAGGUAUUUCGAAAUGCGUAAGCAGUGAAAUUCUUUCCUCGAUAAUAAGGAUAUUAAAGUAUUUCUUAGAAGUUAGAAGCUAUAAAAUCCCCACUUGCACCAAGAAGGAGAUAUUCGAUGAGAUUCAGACUGUGAUCGAACCAAUAGAGAAAUUACACUUCUCAUCCCUUUGGCAUUUAAUGCAAAAAGGUGUGAGUGUAAUCGACAUAACGGAAGACUAUGGAAGACGUUGUUUCAUCGUGAUAGAAAGAUUAAAGGAGGAUCGUACGACUUCCGAGAGGCUGCGUAACUCGUUGUCGGAUCUAAGUCUGUUGAGAGAAGAUUUCCUACGGCACUUGAUUAUUCGAUCGAUCGGGGAGGAAUAUCAAAGACUAGGCGCUGAUCUGACUAUAAUGUGCUGGUAUCUUUUCGGAUGGAACGAUGAACUCGACGCGUACAAUCACUUUUCGCGGCUGACAAUGGAGGCCUGUUGCUUAUCCCUGGAAUAUCCAUCGAUCGGAGAAGACGAUUUGUUUGGAUUCCUGUUCGAGUCGUUUACGCGAUUCUCGAAAAAGUUUGUAUUACUGAAAGGUAUGAAAGAUCCGGGAAAGGUGUACGAGUCGUUGAUCAAGAGGUAUCAGCAACUCGAGGGAAGCAUAAGGCAGAGCCGUUACGCGGAUUUGUACGAUAGUUGUUUUAUAAAUGUGAACAAUGAUGCUGGGAACGAUACUACCAGUCUUCUGGAGGACACGUUGAACAAUUUCGAUCAUUUCAGUGAUCGGUGUCUCGAGUUGAAUUACGAUUCUAACGAGAAGCUUGCCGCCGCCGCCGCCGCCGCACCUCGUACUCGAAAAAUCUCCAAUUUCUAUGUAACUCACGAAGUAAUUUCGGCUUGCAUGAAAGUACCUGCAGCAGAGGCGUACGAGUGUAUGAAACGAAUGGACGAAUUGUUCGUUUGAAAUGAAAUCGAACGGAACGAAAAAUGUCUAUUUUCGUGAAUAGUCGGACUAUGGAGAAUUGUGAUUUGUUUCUUUUCUAAACUACUCCCGAUUGAUUUCCUCGAAAGAACGUCUUCUAUUCGUCGCGACAAACGUAUCUCGAGUUAUCCGAAUGAGUAUUUCGAAUGGUUUCUUCGUGAGGAUUGAUUGAUACCACGUGAGUCGUUCGUUUUUAUUCUAUAUUAUAUUUGUGCGAUAUUGCCAAAAUGCCAGUACAAUGGUUAGUAGUAAAGAACCGUGAGAAACUGUGAAAAACCGUGGAAAACUGUGUGGAAAACUGUGUGGAAAACUGUGUGGAAAACUGUGAAAAAUUGCGUACAAAGAAAAAAUGUGCAGCAGUUUCGGACAAGGUAAAAAUCAUUUGGGUAGCUAUCAUCGCUGAACAAGCUCUCAAUGCUUUCAUGGAAAAAUUGACUGGACAAUACAAAGCAGAGAAAAACGAACUUGUGUAUCCACCUAUCAUCUCUCGAGUCCGAUUGCAAUUCGUGACCACCGGUAACAAUAAUAACGACAAGAACAACAACAAUGCAGAGACGUGGAAAGACGUUUAAUUUCGGUAAAUAUUUUAUUUCGUUUAUUCGACUACAGGAGAGAACCAGUUUUCUUUAUGUUUGUUUUUCGAGGUAACUGUGAUUAUUUUCGAAAGAAAAUUCAUUAGACGAUAGGGUAAUACAGUUGGAAAAAAGUUCUUUUCGAAGCUUUCGGCUGGCACUUUUCCUUUUUCCAUGUCCAUUGAGUUACAAGAAUUCUGUAGUGACUAGAUUCUUAUGCUGGUAAUCGUAGCUAAAUGCGCCAAUAACAAUUAUGCGACGUAAAGAAGAAAUGCAUUACAAAGAAAAAGAAACACCGCUGCUACGCAUUGUUAGACACACUAUCUAUUCGCGUAAAGAAAAUGCGUAUUUUCGUAUGUUUAUUCGUUUAUUUUCACUCGCAUUAAAUAGAGAAAUAUACAAAAGAUGGAUACAUGAUUCCGUGUGUGUGAUUUUCACUCUCUCUCUCUCUCUCUCCCUCUCUCUCUCUCUCUCUCCCUCUAUCUCUCUCUCUCUCUGCCUAUCCAUCUAUCAAUCUAUCUAUUUAUCUAUCUAUCUAUCUAUCUAUCUAUCUAUCUACCUACCUACCUAUCUACCUCUCUGUGAUUGCUACACGUAAAAAAUAAUGCGGCAUCGACUUCGUGUUAUUUCCCUUUUUCACGCAAGUCAAAAUAAACGAACAACGAGAUUAAAAUUACCAGCGAACACGAAAUUUCUCUUGUUUUCUUUUGUUUCUGUCGCAAAUGGUGUCGUUUGUAUGUGCCUCGAGUAUCCGAUCUACCCAAGCGAUCAUGCGAACGAUAGUCGACGAAAAAGAAACGAAAUGAAAAAUAAACAAAAUGAACAUUUAACGCAAAACCACUUGUAACGGAAAUGCACAUUAUUUUUUUCACUGUAUGCCAUUCUCAUUGCUGUCUUUUCUCGGAUGUCGGAUAGUCGUUUGUCGGUAUUAUUCCUUUUCGUUAUUAUUAUCAUUAUUAAUUAUUAUUAUAUAUAAUUCGACGCUAUAAUAUUUACAGAUUCUUCACAUUGUAAAAAAUAUAACGUAUUUCGUACUCAAUAUCGAUACGCAGGUAGUACUGAAAGGCCGAUAUACAUCUAAAUCGUGGUGUUUUUUUUCUUUUUCGAAUUAAUGUGACCCAGUUGCGUAACAAAUCUGCAUGUAUACAUAUAUAUUGUAUAUAUAUAUAUAUAUUUAUUUUUUUUAUUUAUUUACUCAUU